AUGUACCGAGGAUCUGGUGUCAACCUUUUACUAAUUACACCAGAAAAGGCCAUCAAGUUGGUAGGCAAUGACUUUUUUCGUCAUGCCCUCAGAACAGACAGCCCCAAACUCCCAUUUCACCGUGAGCUUUUGUCUGGAGCAGGGGCUGGUUUAUGUCAAAUUAUUGUGACCACACCAAUGGAAUUGCUGAAAAUACAACUGCAGGAUGCAGGAAGAAGUGUUGGCAAUGGUGCCCAAGCUGUGCCUCGCUUAUCGGCUACAAGCAUUGCCAUCGGGUUGAUUCGAGAGAAAGGAUUCACGGGGCUCUAUAAAGGUUGUGGGGCCACCAUGCUCAGGGAUGUUACCUUUUCGGCCAUUUACUUCCCUCUCUUUGCCCAUCUUAAUGCAAUGGGAAAGAAACGCGAAGGAAGUCAGCAAACAGUAUUUUAUCAUUCUUUCAUUUCUGGAUGUGCUGCUGGAUGUGUGGCGUCAUUCAGUGUUAAUCCUUUUGAUGUUAUAAAAACCCGACUUCAAACUCUGACCAAAGCCCAAGGAGAGCAGGAUUACAAAGGAAUAUUGGACUGUUUCGGAAAAACCUUGAAAUAUGAAGGACCUAAAGCUCUCUUCAAAGGAGCAAUGUGCAGAAUUUUGGUAAUUGCUCCAUUGUUCGGCAUUGCUCAGACAGUCUACUAUCUUGGAGUAGCAGAAUUCUUGCUUGGAAUGAGAAGUCUCUGA